AUGUCUGACAACAAGACUGAAGUAUCGACGGUAGCCGAGCUGCUAUCCCCGAAGUUGAAAUUGCCUCAACUGGGCACCGAAUCGGCGGAAAGAGUCUUUCCUGUUCGUUCCGUCGUCUCAUUUGAUUCCACACCUUCAUCCGCCCUGCAGACACCUUCCCUCGAUAAGCUCGAAACACCGAUAUCUCCUUUUUCGGACACAUGGAGUGCAGGCUUCAGCAAUGAACAAGCGGGCUCUCAGCAGAAAAGUCCACCUGGGAAGAGUACGAAUGCUGAGGAUGGUGUCUCAAAGAGAUCCGACCAUCCCACUCAACCGCGUGCUGAGAAUGAAAUUCCAUCGGUACUCAAAGGACAACCUUGCUCCAGCCAUAAUCUUGACAUUUUGGCACAAUUGAAAACCACUGUGCAAAACGGUGGCGAAAUCCUUGACAUCCACAAAUCAACAAAGGGGAUAUGCUACUCGCAUGAAGAUGAAGAGAACAUCUUCACUCAGUCAUUCGGCGCACUGGUUGUGAUAAAAGAGUCCGACGGUAACUUUGAAGUGCAUAUAGCAAGUGAAAACUCCAAGGAAAUCAUACAGCAUUCUCCUGAUCAACUCUUCGGGCUUCGAACAUUUUGUGAUAUAUUGCCAUCAUCGCAACACAGCAACUUUCUUGCUCAUUCUAAAUUCGUUUUGAGCGACGACUACUCAGUCCAGGACUCUGGUCCUGAGGUCUUCUUCCUUUGUGUAUUGUCACCUGACGGAUAUAUUCAGGGUACUUGGUGUACCAUGCAUACGAGCACAGUAUAUAAAGACUAUAUCAUUUGCGAGCUUCAGCCCGAGCCUCGAGGGACAAAGGUUCAGCCCGAUUUGGAGAACCCCGAAAUUCAAACGACAAAAGCGGAUAGCCAGACCUUGGACAUGACCUCUGGAGCAUUUCCUGAGAAUAUCAAUCCUCCGGGAAAAGACCUUGAUACCAGAAAUAGCAAAUUUCCCGACCCAUCGGAGCUUCUCAAUACCAUCCCUCGAAUCCUCCAGCGAUUUGCAACUGCUCAAACGCUAGAAGCGCUCGUUCAAAAUACCAUCGCCACUCUGCAGAAUAUCAUUGAAUUUGACAGAACUACCAUGUAUCAUUUCGAUAUUGACCGCAACGGAAUUGUGGUCGCCGAUGCAGUUGAUGGUUCGUCGGGGUUAACUUCGUACGAAGGCGUGCAUUUCCCGGAAUCAACCUUCCCCGAAGGAUUGAAGAAACUAUACACACGCAAUACUGUAUGCUGCUCUUGUUCUAGAAGCCAGGGCAGUUCAAAACUUGUGUAUCGGGCUUCCACCAACAAAAGGCCCCUCGACAUGUCAAACACCUAUAUCCAUGCAGCACCGGCGCCCUUAACGCCGCAUACCGAGAAUCCCGUCAGGGCCUGUUUGUCAAUCCAAAUCAAUGUCUUUGGUAAGCUUUGGGGUCUCAUAUCAUGUCAGUCCUACGACAGUGGCCAAAUGCUCCAUCCGCUCAUCCAGAAAGUGUGCUGGUUUGUAGCCGAGGCGGUUUCAAGUAACAUUGAGCGUCUGUCCUACACCUUACCCUUUCAAUUUCGAGAGCCGGACAUCUCUUUGGAUAAAACGCGCACAUCUCAGGCUAUAAAGACCCCACCCGGUGAUCUUCUCAGUCUGUUCGGGGCAGAUUACGCUGCAGCGUCGAUCAUGGGCGAGGCCAAAAUCUUGGGGAAACCAAUCGACUCGCAGGAAGUUUUGGCAUUGUUCGAAUACAUGAAAGCCAAAGAAAAUGACACGGUGUUUUGGUCUGCAGAUAUCGCUGCCGAUUUUCGGGAUCUCAAUUACUCGCCCGGCUUUCAUCAUCUUUCUGGUUUGCUUUACGUUCCUCUUUCCAUUGAUGGUCGUGAUUUUAUCAUCUUUUUUCGGGCUGAUUUAGAGAGCCAUAACCUUGCUUCUAAUUCAAGCCGGCAACAUGAAUGGUCGUCGGCAGAGUUUGGAAAGGCAUCUGUACUGUCUUUGCUCUAUCGCACUUUCACCGAUAUAUGGCAAGAGAAGGAGGUUACACUGCAGAACAACCAGUUGAUGAGGCUUUUACUGGCUAAUUCGGCGCACGAGUUCAGAACACCUCUAAAUGCGAUCAUCAACUACCUGGAGAUUGUUCUCGAUGGUUCUCUAGAUCAAGAAACACGAGAUCAUAUUUCCAGAUCUCACUCGGCUUCUAAGUCGUUGGUAUACAUCAUCAAUGACCUUCUAGAUCUCACGAAUACGGAAAACGGGCAAAAGUUGAUAAAGGACGAGGUAUUAGAUCUCUCCGAGACCCUCACGGAAGCAACAGACAUAUUCUGGGAAGAAGCAAGACAGAAGCAUGUCGAUCUACAAGUAGUCCAACACGCAGCCCUACCUCCCGUCCUCGGAGAUCAACGGCGGGUACGCCAGGUGAUCACAAACUUGAUCAGUAAUGCUAUACAGCACACAUCUACCGGAGCAGUGACAAUCGAGUCUUGUGUUGUUCCGGAGCCGCUGGAGACAGAUCAUAUCUGUGUCGAAGUCGCAAUACAUGAUACCGGGUCUGGCAUGUCCCAACAGACUGUCGAAACAUUGUUCUGCGAGCUGGAACAAGUAUCCAACAAGGGAUAUAUGCAGAAUCCCAACUCAUUUGAACAUACUUCAAGUGGCCGUGUAUUCGAGACGGAAAGCGUGCUUGGCCUGGGCCUCGCACUGGUCGCCCGAAUCGUGCGCAAUAUGAACGGUCAGCUAAGCUUGAAGUCUGAAGAAGGCAAGGGAAGUUGCUUCAAGAUCAGGCUUGUGUUUCCUCUUCCGGGUGAAGAUAGUAUUCAAAAGCAGAACUCGUGUGCUACGUCAAACGGACAUGUGCAGGGGGAUGAAAGAAAAGAAGACACAAAGAAAGACACCACAUCCUCGAAUUGCGUAACAAACCAGAACGAAGGGGGUAUUCCAUGUGAAUGUGGUCAAAGUCCAGAAUUCGAAUCAGGAAAAUGCGUCGUGCACGCCGAGGUAGGCUUGAAAACCGGGGAAUCGAGAAAGCUCUCCCUUUCUGGCGAACAGCUCGAUCAGAGCCACCAGCCACAGGUACCGGCCGCUUUCCUUCCAAAAGAAGAUCCUGGGCAAUCAUCAGAAGCGUCCAAAUCUCCUGUCAAAGAACUCUUCUCGAUCUCACCACCCACAAAAUCCCCUACCGACCAGCCCCAACCCCCUCAACCCAGCGUCUCUCCCACGAUGGACUGGAACCUCCACGUCCUCGUCGCGGAAGACGACCCAAUCAAUAGCACCAUCAUGCAAAAGCGCCUUGAGAAAUUCGGCCACACAGUGCACAUGACAAGCAACGGCAAAGAAUGCCUAUCUGCCUAUAAAGCUGAUCCCACCCACUUUGACGCAGUGCUGAUGGAUCUACAAAUGCCCAUCGUCGAUGGCCUUGGUGCAACACAGAUGAUACGCGAAUACGAGCAAGAGCUGGCUAAUGGAGACACGCCUGCGCCUCGCAUUCCCAUUUUUGCUGUCUCGGCUUCCUUGCUCGAGGAGAAUCGGAAGAUGUACAUGGAUUCGGGCUUUGAUGGAUGGGUCAUGAAGCCCAUUGAUUUCCACAGGGUUGAUCGGUUGCUUGGGGGUGUUAGGCUUCAGUGGGUACGUCAGGAGGUUGUUUACCGGCCUGGUGUGUGGGAGGCUGGAGGGUGGUUUGAGGCAUAG